CUUGAUGUGAUCCCUACAGGAGCUGGAAGAUCUUUCGAAGGAGCUUCCGCCAUACCUGCGCCACCUGUCUAGCGACGAUGCCAAUGUGCUGGUGUGGCACAUGCUCCUGCUGCCAGACCAACUUCCCUAUCGCCUCAAGGCCUUCGGUCUGCGGAUCGAUUUCCCCAGGGAAUAUCCACUUAAGCCUCCCACUUUGAGAUUCACCACCAAGAUCUACCACCCCAACAUCAGUGAGGAUGGACUGGUGUGCCUUCCCCUCAUCAGCACUGAGAACUGGAAACCUUACACCAAGGCCUAUCAAGUCUUGGAGGCCCUCAACGUACUGGUGAGUAGACCGAAUCUGGAAGAACCUGUGCGUUUGGAACUAGCUGACCUCCUGACUCAGGACCCGGAGAUGUUCAGGAAGAAGGCAGAAGAGUUCACCCUUCAAUAUGGAGUGGACCGACCCUCUUAAUUCUGGUUCUGAAGCCUCUCUCCCUGGAUCUUCUGUGGAUGGAUAUCACAGGAAGGCCAUCCUGUGCCGAAGGUUUCCUUUGUAUUGCUAAUUAUGAAUAUUGUGCCCAGUGUGUAUGUAUGUGUUGGGGGGAACUAUGUGGUGGGUACUCCUUCCUGGAGUCAUCUGGCUGUAGAUGUACCAUUCCCACAUCCUCGGUGGCUCCAAAGCCAGUGGAAGUUAGGUAUGCAGUUUCAGGCCUGCUUUUCAGAUAAUCCAUCUUAGGUUACCUUCCAGGUCAAUUGGCAGAAAAUUGAAUGCCCCAGGGCCUGGGCACCAAGGGGUGAGAAAGGCAGGACUCUGCUUGGAAGACAGGGCCUCCAGAAGGUGCCAUAUUUACUGCUGAGUGAUUGAAAUCAACCCCGUUGUAAUUGAAAACGUUAAACAUUUUAUUUUCUGUUGAUGACUCACAAAAUAAAGUCUAACUAACCUCCACCCAGAA